UUAUAGUGCUAAUCCCACGCAAACGCAAACCCAAACCCAAACAGAGACACAAAUCAAUCAAUCUCUCUCUCUUUGAGAAUUGAGACAGAAACCAAAACACCAAGCACAUGACUCGUCCCUUGAGAAUUUUAGGCGAGCGCAACUCGUCAACCACCGACAACGCCCCCUCCGUCGUCGACUCCGACUUCGUCGUCAUCCUCGCCGCCCUCAUCUGUGCUCUCAUCUGCGUUCUCGGACUGGUCGCUGUAGCUCGCUGCGCUUGUCUCCGCCGCCUCCGCCUCUCAUCCUCCUCCGCCGCCGCUACUCCCUCGCUUCCCGCAGCUGCCAACAAAGGUGUCAAGAAGAAGGUACUCAGCUCUCUCCCCAAGGUCACCGCCACAGUCGAGUCGGCUGGCAAGUUCUCCGACUGCGCGAUCUGCCUGGCGGAGUUCACAGCCGGGGAUGAGAUCCGAGUGCUGCCUCAGUGUGGCCACGGCUUCCACGUGUCGUGUAUCGACGCGUGGCUGAGGUCGCAUUCAUCGUGUCCAUCGUGCCGUCAGAUUCUGGUGGUUCCGAGAUGCAACAAGUGCGGUGGUUUUCCAGCACCCGCGAGCUCGAGCACCACCGCCACCGCCUCUCAGCCACCGGAAUCGGAUUCCACAUUUAAAGUAAGCGGCGAUCAUGCCAAUAGGUUUUUACCUUAGCUUCAUCCUUUCCUCCAAUUUCUUUUUCCUAAUCAUGUUCAUAUUUAUGUGUAUUCUAUCUAUAAAAUUUAGUAAUUCAAUUCCGUGUGUAAUAGGCUAAUAGCACUGCAGGAUUAAUUACUUAGGAUUGUAAAUAGCAUCAUCAGCUGAAUUAUUAUUGCAUUUGUAUUUUGUGCUUUCGCAUGUAAGAAAGUAGCACUGCUUAUUUGCAUAGGGUAGAUCAAGCCGCUUGAAUUUGGUUACUGUAAUUUAUGAUUUGAUUGAAAGGGAGAAACGAAAUCGUAUAAUUGUUUGUUACUUAGACAAGGGAGCACUUAGGAAAAGUGUGGUAAACAAAUGGAAGGCAUGAUCAUAUUUCUGAAUUGAAUGCAUCUGGAUCGGGAAUCUUCCGAGCUCUGCAGUUGCCAGGAGGGAAAAGGAGUGGAGAAAAGAAUUUUGGGACCCUCUCCAAAGCUUGAUUUUUGUGCUUUCCAGGAUCCUACCCUAGACAAAGUCACUCCCACUAACUUGAUGUUGACACUUUAAUAAUGUAAUGCAAUGUCAAAUAGCCUCCUGCAAAAUGCACUGUCAUUAUUGGAUUUACACAAUUAUGUUGGUUUAUACAUGGAGAGACCCUUUUGCUCCCUUGGUGUUGGUAACACAUGCACACAAGUAUCAUGAGACUACUAAUAAUAAAACCUUGUUGAUAAA